UUUUAUUUGUUUUGACAAGGAAUGUUUAGAAUUAUGUCUUUUAAAAUAGAAUAAAAUGAUUUUCUGACAUAAAAUCUCGUCUUCGGCUUAACUAUGUGACCAUGCUCAUCCGUUUACCUGUUUUCAGAUAAUUUAUAUGUUAAAAUUACUAGUGCUUCCGAGAAUAUAUUCCAAAUUCUUUGUAUAUAGUAAAGUCAUGGAUUCAGAAUUAUCUCAGAAAAAAGAAGUAUCACGAGAAGAACUUGUGGUUCAUUACAGCCUAAGUUUUAAAUAUGUUUGUCUUCUUACGGUGUCUUGUCCAUUUUUAGCUCUUAUUGUUUGUUUUGUUACGGCUUAUAUAUUUCAAGCAAAUGAUAUUCAUGAAACACAUUGUCGUGUGUACAACAUAAUCCCUUCUAUAAGUGCUAUAACAGGUAUAAGUCCUCAAAGGUAUCUGUGGAGAAUUAGCGUGGCAUUUCAUAUAGGACCGAGAUUUAUAAUUUCAGCAGUAUACCGAGCAUAUCAUCUGAAAUUAAUUAACCCAUUAGCUCAAUCAGAGGCUCAACUAAAAGCGCAAUUAUGGUUAAAAACUGCCUUUUGGUUAAAUGUUAUUGAAACUGGUUCUUUAUGUGGAGUUACGUAUAUUUCGAACAGGGAGAAUUAUCCUGUUCAUGAAAAACUCUUCAUAGUAUUUAUGAUAAGCAGCCUUACACAUAUGUUGGCAUGUAUUAAAGGCAUAAAGGCAGUUGCUCAAACUCGAAAUGAUAUGAGUCAUGUGCGCAAAGGAUUACAAAUUAAACAAAUGUUAUUGAAUAUAUCUCUCAUUAGUACAAUAGGCUUAGUCGGUUUCUUCCUUGAGCACAGACUACUUUGCCAUAGAAUGGCUUUUAGCAUGUUUGCACUUUGUGAAUAUGUAAUAGCUCUAGCAAACAUGGCAUUCCAUGUUACUGUCAUACUAGAUUUUCCCACAGAACAUGUCAUUGUUGCUAAAGGAGUAGUAGCCUUAAACCAGAACCCCAAGGAAUUCAGAAAGAUUGAGUAAAACAUAAUUUACUCUUUAUUUGAUUUAGUGCAUUAAUAUUUUGCUUCAUUGAUAGAUCAGAAAUAUUAACACUGGUACCUACUAAGAAAUUGUAAUCAGAAUAAUCCAAAAGAUAUUCUCGAAUUCUAGUUUUAUUUCCAUUAAACUUAUAAUGAUUAUACAUGUGUAGGUUUAUAUUUGAUGAUUUUAUUUGCAUGUGAAUGUGCAUGCGGAAUGUGUUCUAGUCAAUUAAUUGAAAAUUAUACUAAAAUGUAUUCAAAUUUAUGUUUUCAAUUCAUUUUUUAUUGUACUUCAUUGGAGAUUGUCUUGCUUAUUUACCAAACUUCUUUUUUCUUUAGAAAUUAUAUUUUUACAUUUUCAUAAAUCCUUAGCAAUUUUCUUUAUAAAGAGCAUUAAAUCAUAAUCUAAAUUUAUUUAAUUCAGUGAGUCAAUUCUUUAUUUGAGAUAUUAAAUGAAGUUCUCCCAUUUUGGAUAGGUAUGUGAAAUAUUAAUAAUUUUAAUUGUUUUUUUUUUACAUGGUUGUAUAUCCAGCUACAAGACCAACACUUGCAUUUAAAAAAGUUGUUAGAGCAGUUCAUAUUUAUUACAAAGUAAAAAAAUAUCUGCUAACUUAGCAUUGCAAGCAACAUACAUAUUUGUAGCUAAAUUAAGGCUUUCUAGUAUAAAACUGAAUUUUAAAGAAAUGUUGACAUGGAUUGAAUUAAUAUUAAGUUAUUUUCUCUCAAGUGAUAACAUUGUCAUAUUUUGGAAUCAUUCCAUUAUUUUUGGAACAUUGAUAUAGGUAAUUAAAAAAAAAAAGAUGACUAGCUGUAUAAGUAACCAUUUUCUAUCAGAAAAAAAAUAGGUAGUUUGGAAAGCAUAAAAUUUCCAUCUAUUAGGAAAUUGUCUCAUCUAAUAUCUGUUUUAAUGUUUUUGAUUUUAUACAAAGAUGUUUUAAAUACUAUGAAUUUAAUUUGAUUUGCUCAAUUUUCCAUUGUAACAUUAAUUAAGAAGUAAUGGUUGUGUAUUGAUUAAACACUUAUGUUGUAGGAUAGUAAUUCGGAUUAGAACUGAUAUUAGUCUUUACAGUUUUAACACUUAGAUGUACCAUGUGUUCCUAAUUAUUAUUGAUGUUGAUUAUGUAUUUUACAUUAUAUUUAUUGUAUUUUUUUUGUCAUGUUUGUGUUUAAUAUAAUGAGGGUAUCUUUAAAAUCAUUGAAUACACAUUUCUAAUUAAAAUUAAAAUUAGUGCUAAUUUUUAGCCUGUGGCAUUUAUAGUGAAAUUUACUUCUUAUGUUUAGUAAAAGUGAUUCUUCCAUUAGUUGACGUUAGUGAUAUUAUUUUUUUUACUUAUGGACUUUUAUUCAUAUUUUACAAUAACUAUUCUAGUCAAAUGAAACGUAUACAUAUCGAUUGUUCGAAUAAAUGAUUUUAAUAGCAUUUCUUUUAUUCCUUGCCAUUUAUUACUUUAAAUUAGAAAAACUAUUAACUGAUAAGGUAAGUAAAAAGUAAA